AUGUCUUCUUUCGCAUUCGCCCCCUCUACCGUCGCCACCAACCAUUGGACGCCAGACGUCUAUGUGCCAGAUGUCUACGAACCUGACUACCCUGUGGCCAUCGGUAACCCGUAUGGAGACUACUUCAACCAACAACAAGGCUUGUAUCCCCCCAUGCCGAUGUUCGACAACUACGACAUCGUUGGUGGCCCCUCGACGAUUAUUCAAGAUGCUGAUCCACAGCUCCUGAUGGACUACGGGUUCGAUAUUGACGUGCCCAUCACGUAUGUGCCGACCUAUCCCACCUAUCCCUCCGUCCCAGGGACCCCAGUCAUGGAGCCCCAGGACCAUUCCCUCCAACCCCUCUCGCAGCACCAAAUCCCGCUGCCGCCACCUCCCACCCAGCCCACCCGCAGGCAGCCCCAUCGCAAGGCUCGCGCCACGAAAACGACGGUCGAGCAGACCGCUUCGACGACGCCCGCAAAGAAGAAGAGUACAAAGCGGGCAGUCACAGUGGCGAAGAACGCGGCACCGAAGCCCGCUGCAGCGGCGAAGAAGGCCGCCGUGAAGAAAGUGGCGCCAAAGCCCGCCGCGGCGCCUAAUGCAGUGGCGGCUUCUCAGGCUGAAGCGCCGCUGAAAAAGGAGCCAUGCCCGGUCUGCGGCGUCAAACGCAUACCAGACCGGAAAACACUCGUCCGCCAUGACAGCAGCCGAGCACACACGGCGGCAUUGAUAGCUGCGGGAGUCCAGCUCUCGGAGCACCAGAAGCUUCUGUGCCGCUACGGCUGCGGUGCUUCCUUCCAUAGCAGAAGCGACUCGAGGCUCCGCCAUGAGCACGGCUGCGCCAACCGCCAUGAUUAAGAAUAUCAUCGCCGCGACCGUCCAUUUGGCUACACUAACAUUAUUUUUAUCUAUUUAAGUGCUGAUCUAUCCUGCUCUCGCAUUGCACGUCGUCACCGCUGUUCUCGUUGUCGCCCUGCUUUUCAGCCCAUCAUCUUCGCUCUGUUGAAUUUCUUUGCUAGCGCAUAUACCCAUUUCACUGCAUACUCUGCUACAGCCGGUUUAUACCCUUGAUACCCCCGCUGCACCCAAGCUCGAACAUAUACCCCUCCGGUCUCUGUAGCUUUUCAC